AACCAUAACCAUAACCCUACUUUAGUGAGUAAAGUUGAGUUCUAAUUUUUUCCAAGAGUUAUUUUAUUUUGUUUAUGCAAAUUAUUUGAUUUGGUGAAAAUUAAACGAAACCUGAAAUCAUGGGCCACGUUACUGCCAUCGAAACCUUCCUGAAUCAACACAAGAACCAACUGCUAGCUUCCGGAGUGCCUGAAAUCUUCUGGGAACCUCUCUACAAGAAACUGUUGACCCAAACUUUUGAUGCUGGCAAAUCCUUUCAGUUGGUACAUAUCGAAUACGAUGAGGAAAAGGAGCCCCACGAACCUCUUUGGGGCUUGCAGGCCAUCAGAGAUUUAGAUAAAAAGGACUCCGAAAAUAUUUAUAUAAUUGAUCAUGCUUGGACUUAUCUAGUACAUGAAGCUCGCAGUAAUUUACAGUAUGAUUCCUUGAGAUUCCGUAUGGCAAGGAUUUUGGGACUAGAUGAAACAUUGCCUAGUGAAGAACUGAUAGAAGAUAUAUUCAACAAUAUGUGGAAAAUAAAUAACUCUUACAAAAUACUAAAUAUGGAACAUACUGAUGAAAAUCCCAUUUGGUAUAUUAUGGAUGAAAUUGGUUCUGCUUUGCAACAUAGUGAUACACCUAAUUGCAGAAUAGUACCAUUUGCUUAUAUAAAUGAUGGAAUAUAUUCUUUGUUGUUUCUACAUGAAAAUAUGGAAGAAGGAGACUUGGCUUAUAGAGAUUUUGCUGAAGGUGUUAAAGAUCCUAGGGCUCGGAAAGCUGCCUUAUUACCUUGGGUGCCUAAUUCAUUUGAAGAAAUGGAUAUCAAACCACAAAUACCUGGGGAAGAUUACUUUUUGAGUGGUCAUAUUCCCGAAAUGCUACCCAAUUUGGAUAAGUUAACUAUUAAAGCUCCAAAAAAAGAUAAAUAUUUAUGUUAUGCUCAAUAUAGUUUAGUAAAAAAGUAUUUAACAGAUCCUACAUUUGAAAUUACUGAUGAAGAAGAUGAAGCAGAUAUUUUAUGGUACUCUGAGCAUUUUAGAGAUUUCAAAAAACUAAGUGAGUCAUCUACGAAAUUUAUUAAUCAAUUUCCCUAUGAAUAUGUUCUUACUGUGAAAGAUUUAUUAUGCAUGACUUGUAGAAGAUACAAAAACAAUACAGAAAAUCCUGUUUGGUUUCCAAUAACUUACAAUUUAGUUGAAGAAAUUGGCAAUUUUGUAAAAUAUUUCAAAACAUGUGACGAAACUGAUAAUUACUGGAUAAUAAAGCCUUAUAAUUUAGCUAGAGGUAUGGAUAUGCACAUUACAAACAACUUAGAUUAUAUAAUGAGAUUGCCAGCUACAGGACCAAAAAUUGCUCAAAAGUAUUUAACAAAUCCUGUUUUAUUUCGUAGAUCCGAUUGUGAAGGAAAAGUUAAAUUUGAUCUAAGAUACAUUAUUUUGUUGAAAACUGUAAAACCCCUAGAAGUUUUUGUGUAUAAAAAUUUCUUUUUAAGAUUUGCCAAUAAGCCUUUUGAUUUGUCUCAUUUUGAUGAUUAUGAAAAGCAUUUUACAGUUAUGAAUUACACAGAAGAUGCUGUUCUGAAGCAUUUGAAAUGUGAGGAUUUUAAAAUUGAGUGGCAGCAGCAAUAUGCUAAUUUUAAUUGGAACGAAGUCGAACAAAAAAUAUUGACAAUGAUUCGAGAAAUUAUGGAAUGUGCCACAAUGGUGCCUCAACCUUGUGGAAUAGCAGAAAAUCCACAAUCUAGAGCUUUAUAUGCAGCGGAUUUAAUGCUGGAUUGGGUUAAGGGCGGAAUAGAACCAAAAAUAUUGGAAAUUAAUUUUAUGCCCGACUGUGAAAGGGCUUGCAAUUAUUAUCCAGAUUUUUAUAAUGAUAUUUUCAAAUUGUUGUUCUUAAACGAAGAAAAUGAAGUAUUUUUUAAGCUUCAGUAAAAUUUAUACAAUAAUGUGCGUUUAUACGAAUCAAAUAAAUUAGGGAUAAAUGACAGAAACAA